UGUUUCUUUUUUUUUUUUUCAGUAGAGAUGGGGUUUCACCGUGUUAGCCAAGAUGGUCUCGAUCUGACCUCGUGAUCCGCCCGCCUCGGCCUCCCAAAGUGCUGGGAUUACAGGCGUGAGCCACUGCGCCCAGCCAAGGUUGGGGAAUUUAUUUUUUAAAAAAAGCAAAACAGGUUUAUUUGGCUCAAAAUUCUGGUGGAAAUUUCAAGAUUGGGCAGCUGCACCUGGUGAGGGCCUCAUGCUACUUCAACUCAAGGCAGCAAGUAGAAGGGGAGAGGCAUGCACAAAGAGAUUACGUGGCCAUAUGGCGAGAGAGGAAGCAAGAGACAACCGCAGGAAGGCUGACUCUCUAACCAGCUCUCAUGGGAACUCACCCCUCCACAAAGGACACUAACCUAUCCAUGAGGGAUCCACCCCUAUUACCCAAACUCCUCCUACUAGGCACCACCUCCUAACACUGCCUCAUUGAGGCUCAAAUUUCAAUACCAUUUUGGGCAGGGGCAGACCACAUGCAAAUCACAGCAUGGGGUAAUAGUGGGGGCAGGUUGACACAGGGCUGCUGCCUACCCAGCACCAGCUGUCUCUUGGCCCCUUCCAGAUCCUGGCAAUCUGGCUACGGGCAUGGGCCCAGCCUUGGACACAGAUGUGGCCACAGGAAGCUGUUAGCUCUCCAGAUCUGAUCAGCCUGGGAGGGCAGCACAACAAAGGCUCCCAAAGGAGAGUCGGGAUCCUCGGCCAGCCUCAGCUCUGCUACCCACCCAUAUGUGCCCAGGACAGGAAAGAUAUGUGUUUCUUACUCCUCCGGGACUCCUAGGUGAAGCUGAGACCAGGCUCUUCUUGAGUCCUCUCAGCUAUGGUGCAACCACCAGCCUAGCAAGGAAUCAGAAACAUCUUCCGGAAGAGUCAGCACCAUAGAGGGUGCUGAAUGGGCAAUGAAGCAUCCCGGAGAUGAAACAUCUGGGCAGUGAGGCAUCCCACAGGUGUUGGGCUAUGCAGUCACUCCCUUUCUCAGACGGAGGCAAGUACAUAAGCACUCUGGGCCCCUAAUCAGGGGCCUGGGGCCAGGUGGGAUGAAAACAGCAGUGUCCUGCCACCUGAACAACUGCUACUCACGCAGGCCCCACCUGGCCUCUCAGAGGGAGGAACCUGGGACUCCUGAACCAGAUUCAGUUUCUCCUUCAACAGCCGGGACUUUUCGCUCCUGACUGCAGAAAAACAGCUUCAAUGUGACCAUCCUUGAUAGUCCGAGGCUGAGUAAAAUGGCCUGAGGAGGCAAAAUCUGAAAAGCUCUAUUAGGUGGCAAACUGCUGUCACUAGAAGAGUUGAGGCCCCCUUCUCCUAGCCUGCCUGACCGCCUUCAUUCCUGGGAAUGGAACAGGUUCUUGGGGCAAGGGUGAAUCCUCGAGCAGGUCCCAGGAUCACUAUCCUCACCUCCCCGCGGCACUGAAUGGCUAUAGCUAUAAAUGUGCGUCCACGGGGUCACUGUCCAGCCACCAGGACCAGGUGCCUGGCCAUCUGGGGAAUCGGAAAACGCUCAGCGGGAUGCUCUGGCCACCUCCCCUGCCCCCAGUUAAGAUGUAGAGCGUUCAACCUAAAAUGCCUAGAAACAAAGCCCAAGCCCGGGAAGGUCGAACGAGUGCGACGCCGCUCCCUCAAGCUCUUCCCUCGGAGCCGUCUCAUUUCCCAAAACUCCCAAACACAUCACAGAGAGAGGUGUUGAGCCAGGUGGUCACUCCCUUUUCCAGAACCACAGCAAGAAGUUGAGCCUGCUAGGCUCCUAACGAAGGCCCUGGGGCCCGGUGGGAUGAAAAGCCCUAUUAGGUAGCAAACAGGUGUCACUAGAGAGGUUGAGGCCCCCUUCUCCCCUGCCUGACGACGACGGCGGCAGGCACUCUACCGGCGCCGGACAGCUCGCAACUUGCCUUACCAAGCGUAAAUCUCGGUUCCUCCCAACUAACCGCGGCCACGGCCUCCGCAGCAGAGCGCCGGAAGCAGAGACGCGUUUCGGGAGGAAGGUGCAUGCUGGGAGCGGCGGCGCAUGCUGGGAGCGGCGGCGCAUGCUGGGAGCUGUAGUCGGCGGCGCAUGCUGGGAGCUGUAGUCUGCGACGCAACUCGGCCGAGGUGGCUCCCUGGUCCCUGAAGCUCCCAGAGCCCGCGUGUUCAGGCAGUCCCGACACCCCGGCCCGAGCCUCACCGGCUGGAGGACUGAACGCCUGCCGGCCCUCCGGGUAUGAGCGGAGGCCGGGAUAGCCCUGGGCUCCGCCGCCCCCGGAAGGAAAAAAUACAGUGCGGGCCGCCGCCUGGCCCUGAAAGAGCGGAGCUCGGGAGCCCCGCCCCCUGGGCCUCCGACGUCCGUGGCGCUUUCCGUCGCGCGAGUGCGAUUGGGCCGCCUGUCACGUGACCCGAGACCCCACGCCCGGUUGGCUGCCGCCUGGUUACCAAUGGGAGACUAGCGGGCCGGCGUACUGGCCUGGUCCAGCACCUGCAGGGCCUUCGGGCUUGGAGGGCUGGGCCGGGCGGGGAACGGGCGGGGCGGGCCGGAGGCGGCGGCGGCUGACUCGCCUUCUCUCCGGGGCUGCGACCCCGAGGCAACCGGCUGCAGAUGGGAGCCCGCGGAGCCGAGGAUGCGGGCGGGCCGGGGCGCGACGCCGGCGAAGGAGCUGUUCCGGGACGCCACCUUCCCCGCCGCGGACUCCUCCCUCUUCUGCGACUUGUCUACGCCGCUGGCCCAGUUCCGCGAGGACAUCACGUGGAGGCGGCCCCAGGAGAUUUGUGCCACACCCCGGCUGUUUCCAGAUGACCCACGGGAAGGGCAGGUGAAGCAGGGGCUGCUGGGGGAUUGCUGGUUCCUGUGUGCCUGCGCCGCGCUGCAGAAGAGCAGGCACCUCCUGGAACAGGUCAUUCCUCCAGGACAGCCGAGCUGGGCCGACCAGGAGUACCGGGGCUCCUUCACCUGUCGCAUUUGGCAGUUUGGACGCUGGGUGGAGGUGACCACAGAUGACCGCCUGCCGUGCCUUGCAGGGAGACUCUGUUUCUCCCGCUGCCAGAGGGAGGAUGUGUUCUGGCUCCCCUUACUGGAAAAGGUCUACGCCAAGGUCCAUGGGUCCUACGAGCACCUGUGGGCAGGGCAGGUGGCGGAUGCCCUGGUGGACCUGACCGGCGGCCUGGCAGAAAGAUGGAACCUGAAGGGCGUAGCAGGAAGCGGAGGCCAGCAGGACAGGCCGGGCCGCUGGGAGCACAGGACUUGUCGGCAGCUGCUCCACCUGAAGGACCAGUGUCUGAUCAGCUGCUGCGUGCUCAGCCCCAGAGCAGGUGCCCGGGAGCUGGGGGAGUUCCAUGCCUUCAUUGUCUCGGACCUGCGGGAGCUCCAGGGUCAGGCGGGCCAGUGCAUCCUGCUGCUGCGGAUCCAGAACCCCUGGGGCCGGCGGUGCUGGCAGGGGCUCUGGAGAGAGGGGGGUGAAGGGUGGAGCCAGGUAGAUGCAGCGGUAGCAUCUGAGCUCCUGUCCCAGCUCCAGGAAGGGGAGUUCUGGGUGGAGGAGGAAGAGUUCGUCAGGGAGUUUGACGAGCUCACCGUUGGCUACCCGGUCACGGAGGCCGGCCGCCUGCAGAGCCUCUACACAGAGAGGCUGCUCUGCCAUACGCGGGCGCUGCCUGGGGCCUGGGUCAAGGGCCAGUCAGCAGGAGGCUGCCGGAACAACAGCGGCUUUCCCAGCAACCCCAAAUUCUGGCUGCGAGUCUCAGAACCGAGUGAGGUGUACAUUGCCGUCCUGCAGAGAUCCAGGCCGCACGCGGCGGACUGGGCAGGCCGGGCCCGGGCACUGGUGGGUGACAGUCAUACUUCGUGGAGCCCAGCGAGCAUCCCGGGCAAGCACUACCAGGCUGUGGGUCUGCACCUCUGGAAGGUGGAGAAGCGGCGGGUCAAUCUGCCUAGGGUCCUGUCCAUGCCCCCCGUGGCUGGCACCGCGUGCCACGCAUACGACCGGGAGGUCCACCUGCGUUGUGAGCUCUCACCGGGCUACUACCUGGCUGUCCCCAGCACCUUCCUGAAGGACGCGCCAGGGGAGUUCCUGCUCCGAGUCUUCUCUACCGGGCGAGUCUCCCUUAGCGCCAUCAGGGCAGUGGCCAAGAACACCGCCCCCGGGGCAGCCCUGCCUGCGGGGGAGUGGGGGACCGUGCAGCUACGGGGUUCUUGGAGAGUCGGCCAGACGGCGGGGGGCAGCAGGAACUUUGCCUCAUACCCCACCAACCCCUGCUUCCCCUUCUCGGUCCCCGAGGGCCCUGGCCCCCGCUGCGUCCGCAUCACUCUGCAUCAGCACUGCCGGCCCAGUGACACCGAGUUCCACCCCAUUGGCUUCCAUAUCUUCCAGGUCCCAGAGGGUGGAAGGAGCCAGGACGCACCCCCACUGCUGCUGCAGGAGCCACUGCUGAGCUGCGUGCCACAUCGCUACGCCCAGGAGGUGAGCCGGCUCUGCCUCCUGCCUGCGGGCACCUACAAGGUUGUGCCCUCCACCUACCUGCCGGACACAGAGGGGGCCUUCACAGUGACCAUCGCAACCAGGAUUGACAGGCCAUCCAUUCACAGCCAGGAGAUGCUGGGCCAGUUCCUCCAAGAGGUCUCCGUCAUGGCAGUGAUGAAAACCUAACAGGGUGGCCCCCUGUGCCAGCCCAGGUGACUGGAGCCCAAGGGCCUGACAGGUUCCCAGCAGCUGGGCCGGCCAGCCUUGCACUGUGGGGGCUGGUCCUGAGUCUUGGCCUGCCUCCCAGCCCUGCCAGGGGGCUGCGGCCUAGGGGUCCACGGGAAGCCUCUGUCAGGAGAGACACAGCCCUGGGGGCGAGCUGGUGCUGCAAGGAAGGGUGGGAAGCUUGGUGGCUUCUGUUGCGCCACUGAGACGGCAGAGACCCCAGGAUCCCAGAGCUUCCCAGGAUCCCUCCCAGAUCCUCUGCUGACUCCAUAUGAAGGCCUCACACCCAGAGGGUAGGGCAGCAGAUCUUCUUUAUAACUAUUUAUUGUUCGAAUCACUUUUAGGAUGUAACUUUAUAAAUAAACAUGAGCGCUGAGGAUUUGCA